UCAGUCUUCCUGAUGCUCCAAGGAAGACGGAGAGGGGAAAGCAGGGAGAUCAUCCUGGCAACUCACUCGCGAUGCUGGGGCUUUGCCAGUAGAGGGGGUGGAAUCAUUUUUCGUGUAAUAGAUGAUCUUGAUGCACACAGCAUAAAACUGUUAUAAACUAUGGGUCUCUGUAAAAUAGAUUGUUGGGAAGAUAACGUUUUCCCAUGGUUUUGAUUUUUCCCAGAAGUAUUUAUGUAUUGAUUUAUUUGGUUCCGACUCAGGCGACGUAAUGUAAGAGGAUAUUACUUUAAUCAUCAGUAUUUUUUGAGUAGCCACAGGUGCCUCAUCCUUUAAUAGGAGUUAAUGAUACAUUUAUUGGCCAAGUAAACAUCUCCGAAUGUUUCGUGAUUUUUUUCUGAAAUCAAAAUUUUCAAACUUCUGUUUGGAUCCAGUAUUCACCAUUAAAAUCACUUCAUGGAUUCCUUUGCACAACCCAGACCAGAAGAUAAUCAGUCAGUAGUGAGCAGAAUGCAAAAGAAAUACUGGAAAACUAAGCAGGUCUUUAUCAAAGCAACAGGAAAAAAAGAGGAUGAGCACUUGGUGGCAUCUGAUGCUGAACUGGAUGCUAAACUUGAGGUUUUUCACUCCAUUCAAGAGACAUGCACUGAACUUCUGAAGAUAGUCGAGAAGUACCACUUAAGACUCAAUGACACAGAGUCUCACUAUGCUGCCCAGACUGCUUUCAAACUCCUGGCCUCAAGUGAUCCUCCUGCCUCAAUCUCCCGAAGUGCUAGGAUUACAGUUAUAUCAGAGGAAGAAAAUGAGCUAGGGCUCUUUUUAAAGUUUCAAGCGGAACGAGAUGCAACUCAAGCUGGCAAAAUGAUGGAUGCCACUGGCAAGGCACUCUGUUCUUCAGCCAAGCAAAGAUUGGCCCUGUGUACUCCUUUGUCUCGUCUGAAACAAGAAGUAGCAACAUUCAGUCAAAGGGCGGUAUCUGAUACCUUGAUGACAAUUAAUCGGAUGGAGCAGGCGCGCACAGAAUACAGAGGAGCUCUGCUGUGGAUGAAAGAUGUAUCCCAAGAGCUGGACCCAGACACCUUAAAGCAAAUGGAAAAGUUUAGAAAAGUACAGAUGCAAGUGAGAAAUAGCAAAGCUUCUUUUGACAAGUUAAAGAUGGAUGUUUGUCAGAAAGUGGAUUUACUUGGAGCUAGUCGCUGCAAUAUGCUAUCUCAUUCGCUCACUACCUACCAGAGAACACUGCUUGGAUUCUGGGAGAAAACAGCUCGAAUGAUGUCCCAAAUUCAUGAAGCCUGUAUUGGCUUUCAUCCAUAUGAUUUUGUAGCUCUCAAGCAACUACAAGGCACUCCAAGCAAGCUUAGUGAAGACUAUAAAGAAGAACAAAUAGGCGGUUUUCUUACUGAACACCUCAAUAAGCUAGUUUUGUCUGAUGAGGAAGCAAGCCUGGAGAGUGAACAAGCAAACAAAGAUCACAAGGAAAAACAUUCUCAGAUGAGAGACUUUAGAGCACCUCAGUUUUCUAACUCUGAAAAUGUAUUCGCAAAAGAUCUACCUGUGGAUUCACUGGAAGGAGAAGAUUUUGAGAAGGAAUUCUCAUUUCUGAACAACCUCCUAAGUUCUGGUUCUUCAAGUACUAGUGAAUUUACCCAAGAAUGCCAGACUGCCUUUUGGAGCCCCAGUGCCAGUCUCACGUCCCAAGAGCCUUCCAUGGGGUCUGAGCCACUCGUUCAUUCUUCUCAAUUCCUUCCUUCACAACUCUUUGACCUUGGCUUUCAUGCGGCUGGAGCGUUCAACAGCUGGGUCUCCCAAGAGGAAUCAGAGUUUCGUCUUUCUGAUAGCCAGCCAGUGCCUUCACAGAGUCCAAAGAAAUUAACGAGAUCCACCAACAAUGGUAACCAAGACAUGUCAGCCUGGUUCAAUCUAUUUGCAGACUUGGAUCCACUUUCAAACCCAGAUGCUAUUGGACAUUCAGAUGAUGAACUUCUUAAUGCUUGACUGAAGUUAUAAUGUCACUUCAACGGCCUUGAGACAUCAAUUUUGCGACAUAUUUCCUUUGUGGAAAGGAGUUUAUAUUGUAACCCACACACAAAAGCAUGGUGUUUCUGAAUAUAACACCUGUCAGCCAACUUUAGACAGAUGGUAAAGACCACGUUUGAAUAGGUUAAGUACAUCUUUCAUAUUUUGGAUUUGCAGUUGUUAGUACUAUGUGGAAAUAUUAGAAACUAUGGAGUCUGCGAUAUUUAGAUACUGGAAUUUAUGUCAAAAUAAUGGCUAGGAAUAAUUCUGUCAAUACAGAGUUGAGCUUAUUUCGUUGGAAACCCUUUUAAGUUGCCUUGCUGGCUGUGAGAUAAAAAUUUUAUAUGUGGAUAAAAAAGAUAGCAUGUAAAUUGGGUAGUAAUUUGGGGUCAGUUUUUGAAUGACAUAGUGGCAGGGAGUAUUUUCUGUUUUAGAAAAUAGCAUUAGAACCAGAUCAGCUUUGUUUUGGGUUAGAGAGGUAGAAUAAGAUUUGAGAACUCAGUUUGCUUUAAUGAAAUCACAGAGAAACUUGCUACUUGUUUUUUUUUCAUUUGGAGGCUAAAAUGUAAUGUUUUUUUAUUCACACAAAAUAAUGGACACUUCCUAAUUCCAUUAUUAAAUCUUCAAGGGGAAGUAGCAGGGUAAUUAAUUUGCUAAGCCCAUCCUCUGUAGAAACAGAAAAACCUAUCUUCCCAUCUCCUAAACCUCAGAAUGCAUAGUAAUACUUAAGACUUGGGCAAGUGUCUUCAGACCCACUCUUUCAUAUACUCGCUAUAUAUUAUGCUAUUAUGCAGUAUUUAUAUUAUUCCUGAAAAUAAAAUGGAGGGGGGGAGAAUAUUCCCUAAGCAACUGGCAGUAGUAGUCUGAAAUACCUCGAAAUUUCUAUCUGAAUGAGGGAGACACUUAUGAACACUUUAUCCUUACAUAUAUUUGUCUAUUUUGUGACAUAAUUUAACCCAGAAUACUUUCUGGCAGAGAUACAGAAAGCUGUGUGUGAUCAAUAAGGGAGUGUCUCAUUUUUCUACUUCCCUCUUUCUGUGGGUGACAUCAUAUGAGGCUCUAUUUGAUUGAUUAUUAAGCAAAAUCUGUUACCCCUACAGGGUUUAGAACCUAAGAAUUAGAGGGGAAGGCUAUUUAAUGGAAGUUAGUGUAAGCCGAUAAAAACAUAGCUACUGUACACACACGUCAAUCACUCACUUUCCUGUCCUUUUUCUUAGCCACCCUUUAAUUUUGAAGCAGUUUCCCAAGUGUUUUAUGUUUGUCAUCCAGUCCAUUGCAUUUCCAUAAGACGACGUUUUGACUAAGUUAUUCGUGGUAGUUUGCAUGUGUUCUUAGUCCUAUUCUAAACAUGCUUACUUAGUGAUGUUCAAGUCAUGGUAUGUAUAAAACAUUGGACCAGAGUAGGUAAAACACAGUCCAACUCCCAUUCACAGUCAUCUACCAUAGUAACUUCCCACAAGCUCUAAAUGGCCAAGGACUGUAUAGGCUGGAACGACCUUAUCUGAGGGUCAGAAAUACCAACUCAGAAAAAAGGUAUUAAGUCUUUUCUUAAAUCUUUUCACAAUAUUGUUCCUAUUUCUUUGAUUUUAAUGAGUCAUUAUUUAUCUCUUCAGAAGCACUGUCUUCCUUUAUAAUCAGUUAGAUUUCCCAGAAUGCAAUACUGUCAUUAUUCUGCCAAGUUUCAAUAGAAAGAUCAUGAUUAUGAAUCCCAAUCUGAAUUCUAUACCCAUGGUGACUCUGGUGCUCUCAACUUUUGAGUGCCUAAAAAAAUGCUAACUUUAUGUCUUGAGAGUUUGUACCAUUUUUCUUUGCAGUGGUCGCCAUGCUAAUGCAUUAGUUCUGAGAUAUUCGUUUAUCUCCCUCACAUGCAUGCAAGGCAGUCCCUAUUCUCUGAUACAGACAGACACUAUAAGCAGGAAAAGCAGAAGCCCAAAGUCCACACUAGGAACACCCUCAGUUUUCCAAAAGCAGAGUUUCUCCCCAAGUGGAGACUUUUAUUAUUCAGUUACUAGUUUCUGUAACAUUUCUUCUUUCAACAGAGUAUAUGUUUUCCAUUUAACCCAGAGCAACAUUAAGUUCCUUAGCAAGUCGUUGUAACUUCCAACAAGUCUAACCAUUUUUGAAGAGCAUAUCAAUAACUUUAAGAUAAAGGUAACCAUAUUCAUAUUUUCUCAAGAUUAGUUAUUUGAAGCUCAGCAAUUUUGUGGUCAGAAAGAAAUUUUGCUCUAUUAAACCAACAUUGCUAAUAUAAAAAACCACCACACUGAAGAAAGGAGGGAAAGGAUGGAUAAGCACAGAAUACAGAAUGACUGGUUGCUUUUCGUUUCAAUCUAGAUAAUCCAUUCAAUAAGAAGUAAAUUAAUUAUCCUUAACCAAUGGCAGGCUGAGAACAACCCUCAAUAUAGGUAUUUUAAAUGGGGAGAAAUACCUGUACUUACUUUAUAUUGGAUAAGAAUGUGUUUGAGCUUAAAAAACACUGGAUGAGCUAAACUUUGCCUAAUGUAUCUACAACCAUGUUUUGGGAGAGGCAGGAAUACCAGGGCAUAAGAUCAGAUUGGUGUAAUUUUGUAUUUUUUUGAAAUCCUUCAUUAAAUUGUAGAACAUCAAUAUGAUUAGAAACAAACUGUAUUUAAACAAAACAGGUUUCAGUAUUUGCAUAUUGAAAGUGUUUUGUAUUUCAACUAUAAAUAUUUCAUGUAUCUGUAUAGACCAUCUAGAAAUGUAGAGGUCUUACAGCAUUAGAAUGAAGGAAGUUUAAAUGUGCUCUUUCUAUUUUUCUGAGCCUCUUUUAAUAAAGAUUGCAAGAUGGGAUAAAACAAAA